GAAAAUCAGUGUGCAGUGGUUUGCAUUGGAAUAGGUGGUAGAACGAAUAUUGCCCAAAAAUGGCACUGCUAGAAAUUUGUCUUGCCCUUGUGGUCAUCGGUUAUCUGAUCUACAAAUGGAGCACGGCCACCUUCAAAACCUUUGAGGAGAGGAACCUCUACUUCGAAAAGCCGUACCCGUUUGUGGGUAAUGUGGGUGCAUCAGCCUUGCAGAGGGCCUCCUUCCAGAAACAACUCACCGAGUUCUACGAACGCACUCGUCAACACAAACUGGUAGGCUUCUUCAAUCUGCGCACUCCCAUGAUCACGCUCAACGAUCCGGAACUGAUCAAGAAGAUCUGCGUCAAGGACUUUGACCACUUCCCCAACCACCAGCUCUUCAUCAUCUCCAAGGAGCGCCUGAUCAACGACAUGCUCAGCGUGAUGCGGGAUCAGCGGUGGAAGCACAUGAGGAACACCCUCACUCCGGUCUUCACGGCGGCCAAGAUGCGCAACAUGUUCACCCUGAUGAACGAGAGCUUCGCGGAGUGCCUGCAGCACCUGGACACCUCUGCGAAAACGCUUCCCGGCAGAAAGGGAUUCGAGGUGGACAUGAAGGUGCUGUGCAACAAGCUUUCCAACGACAUCAUUGCCACCACCGCAUUCGGACUGAAGGUGAACUCGUACGACAACCCGGAAAAUGAGUUCUACGAGAUCGGGCAGUCUCUGGUUUUCUCCCGGGGGCUUCAGUUCUUUAAAUUCAUGCUGUCCUCCUUGGUGCCCAAGAUUUUUAGCUUCUUCAAACUAACUAUCUUCGACUCCGCCAAGGUGGAUUACUUCGUUCGCCUGGUAGUGGAUGCCAUUCGGUACCGGGAGAAACACAAUAUCACCAGGCCCGACAUGAUCCAGCUUCUGAUGGAGGCCAAGAAGGAGUCGGAGGAUAACUGGACUGACGAUGAGAUCGUUGCCCAGUGCUUCAUCUUCUUCUUCGCCGCCUUCGAAAACAACUCCAAUCUGAUCUGCACCACCACCUACGAACUGCUCCACAAUCCCGAUAUCCAGGAGCGCUUGUACGAGGAUAUAAUCGAGACCAAGGAGGCUCUGAAUGGUGCACCUCUUCAUUACGACGCCGUGCAGAAGAUGACCUACAUGGACAUGGUCAUCUCCGAGUCCCUGCGAAAGUGGACUUUGGCCGCCGCCACCGAUCGCUUCUGCUCCAAGGACUACACACUCACGGAUGAUGAUGGCACCAAGCUGUUCGACUUCAAAGUGGGCGACCGCGUCAACAUUCCCAUUUCCGGGUUGCACUGGGAUGAUCGCUACUUCCCGGAACCCAGAAAGUUUGACCCGGAGCGAUUUAGCGAUGAGCGAAAGGCCGACAUAGUGCCCUACACCUACUUGCCCUUUGGCGUGGGACCCAGGAAUUGCAUAGGAAAUCGAUAUGCCUUGAUGCAGGUCAAGGGUAUGCUAUACAAUCUACUGCUGCAUUACAAGAUCGAGGCUUCCCCGAAGACCACCAAGGAUCUGUGGGGAUCGGCGCGUGGAUUCAACUUUACUCCUAGGUCCGGAUUUUGGAUGCACUUGGUGCCGCGUAAAUAAGUUACCUGAUGGGUUACUUGCUCAUAAAUAUACAUAUUUGACUGCUUAUAAUGACUUAUACCUACUUUUUAAUAUUAUAAAAUAAAAUAUGUAACAAAAUUACAAACAAAAUAUAUAUUACAAUUACUAAUAUCAA